AGCCUGGGGAGGGGGGCAUUCAGAUGUCUGCUCCAGGGUUUCCCCACCGUACCCGGGGCACUACUUAACCACCUGUUUCCCCGCCUGCGCAAGACGUGCUUGUCAAGUCCUGAGCGAGGCGGGCGUGGCAGUCCUGCACUGGCAAUUCCAAGACAAACAUCGAAAAACUCUGGUUUGCGCCGCCACGGGCUUGAAGCUCAGGGCAGCAGGCUCUGAGCCCAGGUGCACUGUGGUGCUUACUAAGUGUGAAUGCCCGAGGGCCCGUCUGUGCGGAGGUAUCAUGGUUUGGUGUCCCCCUUUGUGGGGCAGCAGGUGGUCAGGACAGGAGGGAGCAGUAAGAAGCUUGACCCUGCCAGCUUUCAGUCCCUGUGGCUCCAGGACGCCCAGGUCCACGGGAAGAAAUUAUUCCUUAGAUUUGAUCCAGAUGAAGAAACAGGGUCCUCCGGGGGCAGCCCCCCACCAGUGCCGCCCCACAAGAGGGCAAGGAAGGACGAGGCCGGGGACCAGAAGCCAGCCCUGGGAGCCAAUGGCCAGCAAGUCUCUGCCCAGCCCUCCCCGACCCCGCCGCCGCCUGGCCCCCUGGGAAGCGCCGGAGCAGGGGACACCGAGCUGUGGCUGCGGGUCGCCUUCGGCCUGUUCGGCAGCGUCUGGGUGAGCGAGUUCUCCAGGGCCAAGAAAGCCAACAAGAGGGGCGACUGGAAGGACCCCAUCCCCAGGCUGGUCCUGCAUUUCGGGGGCGGUGGCUUCCUGGCAUUUUACAACUGUCAGAUGUCGUGGUGUUCCUCCCCGGUGGUCAGCCCCACCUCCGACAUCCUGGCCCCCGAGUUCCAUCGCGGGCGUGCCCUGGUGGCGCUGGGCCAGGCGCAGCCCGUCUGCUACACACUGUUGGACCAGAGGCACUUCUCAGGCUCAGGGAACAUCAUUAAGAACGAGGCCCUGUACAGGGCUGGCAUCCACCCACUUUCUCUGGGCUCACUCCUCCAACCUCCUCAGCUCCAGACCCUGCUGGACCACGUGCUGGGUUUCAGCGCUGACUGGCUGCAGGGCAAGUGCCAGGGCCGGCAGCAGCACAUGCAGAUCUACCAGAAAGAGCAGUGUCCUGAGGGGCACCAGGUCUGCAAGGAGGCCUUUGGACCUCCUGGUGGUUUCCAGAGACUGACCUGGUGGUGCCCACAGUGCCAGCCCCGUGUGCCCGCCGAGCAGCCGGAGCAGCAGCGCAGGCCCGAGACCCUCAGGCCCUCUGUGUCACCCCUGGCCCUGGAAGGUCCACGAUGCCCAGGUGGCCAGGAGGGGGUGUGAGCAGGGGUGUAAGAAGUGGGGGUAGGGUCAGGGUUCAGGGUGUCAGUCUUGCUGAUGGUCACUGCCCGGGACUCACAUCAAAAACAGAGAUUCUUGGGCCUCCCCGGUGGCGCAGUGGUUGAGCGCUGGGUUGCGAAGCUGCCUGCGGCCUCUGCGGCGCCGGUUCGAUCCCCGGCUGCUCCCCGGCCACCGGAGGAGGGUCCCACAUGGCGCGCAGACCUCUCCUGCAGCCCGCUGCUCCCCUCAGCAGUGUACUUCAGUCCUCCUACCUGCUCUGCUCCCUGCUCUGGCUCUGGUGAAUUCUCUCACCCUCCCGCGCUUCUGACUGUACCCAGUGCUUGUAUAAACAAAACAAACAAACAAAUAAAUAAAUAAAACA